UCUGAUGAUGACGGUCACACAACCGACCGGUGAGCUGGAACCGGAAUGAGCGGCUGCGUCGCUUCGAGCCACGACAUCGUGUGUGUGCCAACACACGCUCAGCCUUGUGCCCCGUUCUGCACAUCCGCCAUUUGCCUACUUUGAUUCCAGGCUGACUGAGUCCCUCGCUCGGCACAAAAAGAGGCGUUCUGCUCACGAUCAUUGUCGACAGUCGAGAGACGUUCUGAAGGGCCCCCGUUAACAUGGAUUGGGCGCACGACAAUGCGCGUUUGGAUCCCGCGGUCGCCACUAACGUCUUCAGAUAUGCUUCUCAACCAUCCGUAGUUGUGAAGAUGGUAAAGAGCAAUAAGUAUGAAAUCCAAAUAUGGUGCCUGCAGACCUAUGACGACUGGACGGCCUGGAUGCAGCAACACGUAAGCGAUGAUAGCCAGGACGAUGGCCUGGUCUUGAUCCUUGCGAGACGGGCCGGCGAGCAGCCCGCGUGCGUGCCUUCCAAAUGCCCGGUAACACCUAGUGAAUGGGCAGAAUCACAGAAAGACUUCGCAGUACGAGUCGCUCUUCGUCGUGCAGAUACAAUAGCAGCCUUCGGCGAGAAAAAUUCACCGGGAAGGCCUGCGCGUCAAAUCGCCCCUGUAAUAGUGCAACAAAGCAUCCGAAUCGUGCCCUUCUCUUCUGCUACCUUCCAGAAGAUCUGUGAGCGAUUCAGUGUCCAUGAAUCAAUAGUCCGUGCGAUUAGUCGGUCUGAUAUACCAGUGUUCACGUGCGAAAGUGUCGACAUGGGAAAGCCCGCCUACGUGUACAAUUGCCGAACUUCGAACUCUUGGGAUCUAGAUCUAGCUCUAUCCGCCACCUAUUUCCCAACAUCAGGUCUGACGUUGGCUGUGGUCUAUGGGUGCGCAGUAACAACAGAGACUUCUAUUCUGCGGCGCCUAGCUUCUGUCCAGGGAACAGCCCUCCAUCCACUUCUUCUCCCAGGUAUACUGGCUGAAGUCGAGUUAGCUAGACAUGCUCGUAUUGUGGAGAAGAGCAUUAACGAGGUUGAAGCAAAAAUAUUCGAGCUUGACUCUCAAGCCAGCGUCAACGAGAGACUUGAAAGAGCUGAGAUCGAAUCGCGGAACGAAGCAAAGAGGUCUGCGUGGUUGGAUUUGACGUACUUACGGAAUUCAUUAAAAACUUGGAAUGCACAGCUGCGGACCAUGGCAGACCAUGCGGAUGAGCUCGAACGUCAUGUGUUCCGACCAUACUCGCGAUCGGCGAAGCAAGCAUGCGAGGCCUGGGACCUCACGGGGUUGUCUGUAAGACGUUCGCGCUCAUCUUCGAACACUACUAGUCGGUCGAGUACGCCACUAACUGUUGCGGUCCACGAAAGAUUCCAUGGAAGCACUGUGAGAUCAUCGUCAAAAUGCGGCAUGAAGAUCAAACGGAGGCUUGACACCAUCCAAAUCGAGUAUGAUGAGAAGAUCCGGGACUGCACCAUGCGUAUAGAUGGGAUGGCGAUGGCCACGCAAUGGGCGCAUAGCGAGACUGCGGUCGAGAUGGCAACAGCAACGAACAAAGAAUCGAACGUAAUGAAAUCAAUCUCUUUGGUGACGAUGAUAUUCCUCCCCGGAACAUUUUUCGCGACAGUCUUCUCAAUGACAUUCUUCGACUGGAAGGGCGAUGGAUCAGAACGUGUCUCAAGUUAUCUGUGGAUUUAUGUUGUCGUGACUGUCGUGUUCACAAUGAUCACGAUUGGGUUAUGGUACUACUUCGUCAUCUACAAGCGAAGGCCACAAAAGGUUUGCAACGAGAAAUGCUAAUUGAUUGUUAUCUUAAGUUGGAACGACACCCGUCCCGUAACAAGGUUGAAAGUGGAAGGGACCGAAAGCAAGAACUC